UAGUAAAAUGUCAGAUCAAUUCAAGCUUAAUGAAGUUGUUUGGGGUAAGGUCAGAGGAUAUCCAUAUUGGCCAGCUCAGAUAAUAUCUUUACCGCCAGGUCUCUCCAAAAGCAAGUAAGAAUUCAUGGGAUACCAGGUACUCUCUCAGAUUCUUUGGGGAUGGCAAAAUCAGUAAACUUGGAAUCGCCAAAAUGAAAUAAGUUUGCCCCAAAUCUUGAUAUUUACAACUAUACUAGAGUAAAAAGAAGAUACAGGAAUGAUAUGCGUGAAGCAUUAAUUCAAGCCCAGAAAAAACAUGAGAAGCAUAAUUUAUCAGUCACCGAGAAACAGCCAGAAAUGCUGAAUGAUAAGUCUGACAAAAAUCAAGAAUGCAAAAGCCAAGAGGAGUCGGAGGAGCAUAAGAAUCAUCCUACAGAAGAUCAAUCAGAUUAUCAAAGCUCCAAGGCAGAACUUCACCCUGAAAAAGGGACCAAAGAUUUUAAUGCCUCUUCACAAAAGAAGCAAGAUCCAAAAGCAGGUUCAUUUGUAGUUCUGCCAAAUAAGCUCAUUUUACCUCUUCGUCUCAUUCCGCCCAGACUAAUCAAGCUAGAGCAGUCAAGCCAGAAGUUAGAGGAUCCAAGCCCAACCAAUCUCAAUCUUCAAAGUCCUUCAAAGAAAAGAGAGACAAAGGCUGCUAUAAAAGAAGAGCUCUGCACUGUGCCACCUAUAGAAGCAUCACAAGCAAUCUUUAAGAUGGCCCAUAUGCUGGGCGAUAAAGUCAUCAAAUUUAAGUAGCUAGCUAAAUCUUACUGAAAUCCAUGCUCAA